AUACAGCACGAAACUCUGGGGGAGGUGUUUACUCAUACCAUUGUGAGAAGCAGGAGCGUCAGCUCUACGUUUACGACUGCUGAUCGCAUUCCCAGUACAUUUCUCUGUUGCCAGGAGGCUUUUUCGGUAAGAAACAGGACAAACUGACUGAGUUAGACUAAAAGGAACGGCUCUCGAAUACUGGCGCGGCUCCCUCUCUUACAAAAACAUUGUACUUAUUUCUGCUGCAAGGAGAAAAAAAUUGUCGGGAUUCACUUACGUUAAACCGACAGUAUGACGUUUACUACCUCAAAGCAACUAACCGGUGUUGAUGUUGCUUGGAAAGUGGGUCCACAUGCAGUUAACUUCUUUUUCCUCCCUUAUCCUCGCCUUGCUUGAACGAAAGAGAAAGAGGAGGAGAACUUACUUGCCUGGAUUUUGCAGCACUGUUUGGGGUUUAACAAAACACACAUUGUUCAACAAUGUGUCCGUCUUGUUGAGCUUCUAGAGGUUAUUAUGGAAAUCGCUGGCCUUCCACUGGAGCUGUGGCGUCUCAUCCUUGCUUAUCUGCCCCUGUCAGACCUGGGCCACUGCAGCCUGGUGUGCAGAGCCUGGUGUGAGUUGAUCCUGAGCUUGGAUAAGACUCGCUGGAGGCAGCUGUGCUUGGACAGCAUGGAGUGCAAGCACCCAAAUUGGCCCAACCAGCCUCCUGUGGAGCCACCGUCCUGGAGGGAGACCUUCAAACAGCACUACUUGGCAUCCAAGAUGUGGACCAAAAAUGGUCAGGAACUGGAGUCCUCCAACUGCUUGUACCUGUUUCGCAGGAAGAAGGACAGGAAGAUCAUCCACGUUGGUACAGGAUGGGACCAUGACGACCUCCGGAGUGCCUUAGCCGUCGCCAACGUCUAUGACAAGAUUGUUCUACACCCAGGAAUCUACGAGGAGCAAAACGAGGUGGUCCUCAAAAUGCCUGUGGAGAUUAUUGGAGAAGGGAAGCUGGGAGAUGUGACACUGCUUGUUGGUUUUGAUCAGCGCUGCCCAACUGCCCGUUUAUGCAAUUUGGUUUUUAUGCCAGCAUGGUUCUCCCCUGUUUUAUAUAAGACAUCCUCGGGUCAUGUCCAGUUCGACAACUGCAAUCUUGAGAAUGGCCAGGUUCAUGUCUAUGGCCCGGGGACCUGUCAGAUCAAGUUCUGCACUUUCAGCCAGUGCAGCAUCAACCUCCAUUGGGUUGUUGUCAGCUUGCUGGAGAACUGUGAGUUCACUGGCAGCGAGAAUAACUCUGUGACAGUUGAGGGCUAUCCAGCUUCUGACAGGAACUGGGCCUGUAAGCAUCUUGCUGCCCUGGCCAAAUCCAAAUCAUUCUUAAAUGCUGUCCCUUCAGAUAGCAAGCAGCCUUGUGACGGCUUAAGGACUUUGGAGAUACUAGUGAACCGAAACCACCCAAGUGAACUGAACACAGAGGUAGGAUCCAAAGACCAAAAGCUUGACUCUGGUGUGGGCGAGCUUUAUACCACCAAAGGUCAGUUGGUCGAACAUGGAGAGGCUCUGACCUUGGAGACGGACUACAGUGAUAGUGAUUUGAACACAGCCAGUGAGAAUGAGGAUGACGAGCAGUUGGCGUACAAGCUUUCCUACCAGUCACAUGGCCUGAGCCACCUGCUGGAGAGGACAGAGAGGUUUAGGCCUCAGGGGGACGGGAUUACCCCCCUCCAGACCGCCCUUGCUCUAAGGACGUUUCAACAGGAGCUGCAGAUGGACAAGGAAGUCCAGGCCCUUGCCAGUAGCCUACAAGGCUGCCACAUCCGAAAGUGCCUCUUCAGGGACGGGAAGGGAGGGGUCUUAGUCUGUGUUCAGGCACAGGCCAGACUGGAGGGUAACAUGUUCCGGGACUUGACAUAUGCAGUCCGCUGCAUACAGAAUGCCAAGAUCAUCAUGCUGAAGAAUGAAAUCUGCCACUGUAAAGCCUCUGGGGUGUUUAUGCGGCUCUCUGCGCAGGGUCUGAUUGCUGACAACAACAUCCAUUCGAAUGCAGAGGCAGGUGUGGAUAUCCGCAAGGGAGCUAACCCUCUCAUCCUGUGUAAUAGGAUACACAGUGGCCUUCGCUCAGGCAUUGUCGUCCUUGGCAACGGAAAGGGCAUCAUUCGCAGCAAUCGAAUCUAUGGAAAUAAAGAGGCUGGCAUUUAUAUUUUAUACAAUGGAAACCCUGUGGUGAGUGGGAAUCACAUCUACCAAGGGCUGGCUGCGGGCAUUGCGGUAAAUGAGAACGGAAGAGGACAGAUUGUAGAAAAUAUAAUCCGUGAAAACCAAUGGGGCGGUGCAGACAUCCGACGCGGCGGGGACCCCGUUCUGAAAAACAACCUCAUCUGCCACGGGCACUCGGAUGGAGUGGUAGUCGGGGAGAGAGGCAAAGGGCUGAUUGAAGGAAACACUAUCUAUUGCAACAAGGGAUGUGGGGUGUGGAUCAUGUCCUCCAGCCUACCACACAUCACUAGCAACCAAAUCAGCCACAACAGCAUCUACGGUGUGGCUGUCUUCUGCCGCAAGGAUGAUGCCAAUGACUACCAGCCCAGCCAGGGGGGCAACUUUAAUGAGGACAGUGAGCUCAUCAAUUGGGAGAACGAUCUGGACAGCGAGGAAGAGCGCUUCUCCUCCAGGCAGCCCAUCAGUGUGGCACUCAUCGAGUCCAACAGCAUCAGCCACAACAGAGCUGUUGGCCUGUAUAUCAAAAGCAGCGAGGCACUGAACAUCAUGGGUAAUGCCAUCCAUGCCAACCAUGAGAAUGGAAUAACUGUGUUCCAGAGCAGCCAGCUCACCCGCAUUUCAAACAACAGCGUCACCCUCAACACCAUAUGCGGGAUCUUGGUGGAAGCCGGCUGUCGGGUGGAACUACGUGGCAAUGGUGUCUAUGACAACAAUAGCCAUGGUAUCACCUCCAAGGGGGAUGGAGUCAUCUUAGAAAAUGACAUCAUUGGAAACCAUGGGUGUGCCCUGAAGCUGCUAGAAACUGCAGAUAUGAAGGUAAUGAAGAACAGGAUUCAGUCACAUCAUGACUAUGGGAUUGCUGUUCUUGAUCAAGUGAAAGGGCUGGUGCAGGACAAUCUGAUUUUCCAGGGGAAAUCCAGCAAAACAGUCAUCCAGAAGAUGCCGAUGGCCGAAAAGUGUAUAGUGCAAAACAAUGAGCUGCUGGCUUUCAAUAGUCAAAACUCAUGCAAGUCUCAAGUGACCUGGAAACUGGAAAACCCUCCAGCAAGGCCACACAUAGAAGGGCAGCCAACAGGAGCAUCCUCCAUGCAGACAAGCCAGAGGACGGCAUCCGUGACAACAAGGAUUGCUGCCAGAGUUGAAGGAGGUUGCCAUAAUGGCAGUAUCUUCUGUUCUAUUCUUUAGACAUAAUAGAAGACAGUGAGGAAGGAGCACCGGUAGGAAGGAAAAAUGACUCGGUUCCUGUCCCACCACUACCACCAACACCACCACAAUUUGCAGUUGUGUGUUUUUGAAUUUGCAGUUGUGUUUUGCACUUCAGGGUCACUGUACUAAACCAUUUUUAGAUAAAAAUAAAUCUUAAAUAAU